CAGUUCAUUUGUGAUAGAUGUACUUGAGGUUAUAAAUAUGCGUGUCAGUUUGGGAUGGUUGUAUUAUGGGUUAUAGAUUUUAUACAUUUUAUGAAAGCAUUAGAAUGCUUAGCUCUAGAAAGGUUUUAUCUAUGUUUAUAUUGUUAUUUUUGCACCAUGUCUGGGUGAGAUGUGAUUUCAAUACACUGUAACAGGUGUAUAGCUGCUGAUAUGAUAUAACUUGCAGUGACAAAGUGGACCUGGGAGUAGUUGUUUUCUACUGUGAUAGUGAUUUAAAAUGCUUUUUAGCGGCAUCUCCAAAUGGCAGUUUGUACAUAUCAUUUUAUAUGUUAACACCCCUCUCUAUCCCAAAUAUUACAUGUGGCUGCACUCCCACGUAAAAUCAUUACACAGCUUCAUAACUGCACAAAGUGGGCUUUUUUUCAAAAUGUGUCUCUUCCUUGCAUUUUGAGUUGCUAUAUUCAUUGAAUUUAGACAACAGAUUCCAUGAGAUUUGGUUCAUCCACAUGGCAGUUAGUGCUGCUUUAUAGGUGUGAAUGAGUUUCCUUAUGUCAGUAUGUCAGUGAUAUCCUUUUGUUGGCCACUAGAACACAGCACAGUCAUUUAGCCAUAUUAACACAACAGCCUUGUGGGUGGAGAAAGCAUUUUUUUUUCUCUUUGCUUGUAUUGUUCUUGGCGUCUGUCCAGUUCACUGAACUUCUGGUACCCGACUGGUAGGACUGGAAAGUUGCUGUUGAACAAGUGCCUGUCACAGUUGCUGCACACGAUCAGCAUUGCUACGUCUUCCCCUGGAGCAGGUCAGUGUGGGCCGCACAGCAGUCACAAUCCUUCCUCACGCACACACUGAGCUUGUGUGACGGCAGCUGUGUCAGUGCUCAGCACUCUGCCUCCCAAAAGUACAUGUUUACAGCCGCCGUACAGGCAGAUUAACUUGGCAGCCUCUUCUCCUUCUAAAGAAGACAUGGUUCAAUGUGCAAACCUUCACCAUCACCAGCUUCUUCUCCCUCUAACAUCAAACCAUCACUUGUACAGAUGAAACCGAAAACUUGUUUGAGCAGCCAUAACCCUGUCAACAGCAACUCAAAGCCAUUCAAAGCGCCCAGAGACAAUCUAAUUACCUCCAACAACAAGCAGCACACAGCAUUUUCCUCUAAAGUGUCAAGAGACAAACCAUGUGUCCCAGUUCCAGUAGUCAGCCUCGAAAAAAUCCCAAACCUGGCGAAAGCAGAUGGUGCCAAUGUUAAAAUGAACUCUGCCACUAACUCCUCUACAGCAGCCUCUUCUACUUCCUCUCUACCCAAGCAGCCAGUAGUACCGAAAACAGUGCCACAGUCUCCAGAGAAAAUAUUAAAUGGAAAGGGGAUUGGCACGCUAGAAAGGAAGCACCAAAAUGGCACCAAAAACAGCAACAAGCCUUACAAAAGACUUUCAGAAAGGGAAUUUGACCCAAAUAAACACUGCGGUGUAUUGGAUCCUGAGACCAAGAAACCAUGUACAAGAUCACUUACAUGCAAGACGCAUUCACUUAACCAUCGGCGAGCAGUACCAGGUCGUAAAAAACAGUUUGACAUCCUCUUAGCUGAGCACAAAGCUCGGUCAAGAGAAAAAGAAGUAACGAAAGACAAAGAACAUACGCCAUCCUCAAGAGAAACCCAUCAGAGCCAGCCCACACCAGCACAAGAACAGUCAUCAGGAGCAGCUGCAAACUCUGUUCAGGAACCAAAAGUGACAUCACCUGCAAAAGCCAGGCCUCAGAAUUCUGUCCUACCUAGACCAACAUCUGCAAAUAGCAUCAACAGUGCAAGUUCAUCAAACCACAGUGCUUUUGUUCCAGAGCCCCCUGUUAGCUCUGUUGGGGGAGAUCUUGCCAGUCGACUUUCCAGUGAUGAAGGGGAAGUUGAAGGUGUUGAAGAGGCAGAGAAACUAGACUGUUACUAUUCUGGACAUCAUCCUAAACCUCUAGCGUUUUGCUCAUUUGGCAGUCGCUUAAUGGGGCGCGGCUACUAUGUGUUUGAUAGACGAUGGGACCGUUUCCGUUUCGCAUUAAAUUCGAUGGUGGAGAAACACUUGAAUUCACAGAUGUGGAAAAAAAUUCCUCCAGCCGCGGACAGUCCAAUGCCUUCUCCAGCAACACACGUCAGCAGUUCUCUCCCUGCAUCUGUCCUGCAACCUUUCAGCAACCCAAAUUCAGUAUACCUUACCUCCCCUGCAGCCAAUUCAAGAACCACUUCCUCAUACAUGGUAAACUCUGGCAUGUUGACUAACAUGGCAGCUGAGACAAACUCCGUCACAUCGCACCCUAAUGCUUUCCCACAUGCGACAGGCACUCUGAAUAUUGUAGACUCUACUUUUAAAUCACCUUCAGCUGUUUCCCCUGUGCCAACUCUAUCCCCUUCACCUUCUCAAAAGCCUUCAAAAACAAAGCCUAACAAGUCAUCGAAAAUCAAAGAUUUGUCUUCACGGAGCGAAGAGCUUUCAGGUAACAGAAAGAAAAAGCCUCAAACAACUUCCUCCUCCAUCUCCUCUUCGUUACCUUUACAGACCACCACGUCUUCGUUUUCAGGGUCCCAUAAGAAAAACUGUUUGUUGAACUCUAACUCGGGGUUGAACUCCUAUCAGGUGACUUCUUCCUAUAACAGUGUCUCUGUGCACAAUGCAAACAAUGGAACAAGCCCACUCAGUGCCAAAUUGGAACCCCUAGGCAGGACUUCUUUAUCUGGUGGCCCGGGAGACUCUAUAAAACAUAUGAGUAUGGUUGUUAGCAGUAUUGACUCAAGCCUGUCAGUGUCUUCCCUUGUACACCACCCAGGGGAACACACACUGGCAGCACACAAUGCCGUGUCUUCAAUGCCACUCACAUUUGAUAAAUCAGAGGGUAAAAAACGUAAAAACUCUAGUGCAAGCAGCAAGGCCUGCAAAAUCACUAAAAUGCCUGGUAUGAACAGUGUUCACAAAAAGAACGCCACCAACCUUAUAUCUUCUGUGCCAGAUACCCAAAGCAGCUCUCUCAAUCGACAGAUGGGGAAAAGUAGCAGUGUAGCUUUGUCACAAUCUACUCCUUCGAGUACAUCCAGUCCUGCACAUAAACAAAAGACGACGAAUCGCACUGGCAGGAUAAGAACGGUUCCAUGACAGUGGGAGAAUAUCAGCCAAUCACCUUUAGAUCUCAGCAGCCGCAAGCUCUUCUUUCGCCCCGUUGCAGGAACAAUGUCACCUUUUUUCAUUACCUGGUGGAGACACAUUAUUCUAAAGUUUACAGAACCAAACUGGGUGUUGUUAAUUUGCCACUUUUGGUUACCACUGGUUGGUGCAUUCAUUUUUAUCUGUAAAAUUCCAGUUUCAGAGCCUUAAAGGUGAAUAUGAAAAAAAAAGAUAAAGGGAUGAAAGCUACCAGCAUGCUU